UGGCAGGCCUUGAGUAUAAGUUGGCCUUGCUGUAUUCUUUGUUUACCUGCGUACGUGUACGAUUUGUUUUAUUAGAUAGUGAGAUGAUUUGUUUAAAGGCAAAAUUAAUAUCCAUCCGCCUUGUAUCCGAAGACUUCGUUUGUUUCCAACUGUAUUUUUAACGUUUUUAGACCUAGUAUGUCCGAGAAGAACUAAACUGUUGUUCGUUUUCAAGAUAUUUUGCGAAAAUUAACUGAAGUGUGUGUCAUAUUUAAGGAUAUUUUCGUUUUCGUUUGUUUUCAAAUUUAAAUUUUGUCAAUGGAGGUAUUUAAUUUUGUAUGGAUUUCUCUCCUUAAUGAGGCAGAAAGAUGCAAUGUUUUCUUCAGUAAAAAAAAUAUUAAGUCAACAUAUCAUGCUGACGUCAAUUUUUUUAUUCCACAAAAUCGGUUAGCUUAUAUGUAUAAAUAUGGCGCUGCAAAUAUAAUGUUUAUGAAACAAUGCAUAGUGAAAUUUUUAACUGAAUCUCCACAGGUAUUUACUGUCUUGGGUAAAAUACGUUCCACAGAAAACCUCCGUGUAUGUUCACUGAGUCUGGUUCCAGGAUUUGACCUCAUUGGUUUACUCUAUGGCUUUGUGAAAAAUAGGAAACCAAUAACACAAUCUGUUAAUUUGAGCGUGAUAAAUAAAUGUGAUUCAUGGGAAAAUGUUAUUAUGAACAUGCUGUUCCCUUCUCUUAACACAGUUUAUCCUGUGGCUGGAAGUGAUGUUAUUGGACCUUUCUCAGGAACUUUUGAUAUGAUAAUUGAUGAUGUAUCUAUGGAUUUGUCUGUUAAAACUCAAAAUUGCUUAAGAGCUGCAGAUGUAGUAUUAAUGGUUAAAGCAUUUUCAAGUGGAACUCAAGUGGUAAACUUUGCUCAAAUUCUAGAGAAUAUCCUUCACCUUCUCAAGCCUGGUGCCCUACUGUUUUUUGUUGGAAAUCAGAAAAAAGCUGAUAUUUUUGUUUCUACAGGUAGCUGUGGCAAUUUUCUGUAUGGUCCGGUAAAAGUUAGAGUUAAGGAAGUACCGUUCAUCAGUAAAGUCAGUGAAUUAAUUAAAUCAAGACCUGAUCAGACUGCAAAUGGAUAUUUUGCAAUAUGGGAAAAAACUUUAGAUUUAAAUAAAACAAAUCCUGGCCAUUCAGUAGAUGCUAGUUCUGUCAUUUUAAAUGAGCAGGAAUCAUCAUCAUCAUCAUCAUCUGUUUCAGGUACAAGUCAAAGUGCUGCUGUAGAAAAUAAUACUUUGUACAAUGUGUAUUGUCAGCAAGGUAAGCUUUUCCAAGACAAUGCUGCUUGUGGUCUGGAAAAUGUGAAUUCUGUUACUGUAGGUGCCUGUAGUAAAAUAUCUAACGAUGAAAACAGAAGCAUGAUCAAAAAUAAUUAUGAAGAUAUUUUGUCACAAGUUGAUUCUGUGGUUUCACACUUGGAAAAAUUUAAAAACAGUGAAUGCUUAAAAAAUAUAAAACAGAACCACUCAGAAGGAUCUCCUUCUAGUUAUCACUUAUGUUCCACUUGUCUUUGUUCAGGCAUUAACUUUCAUUGUGAUCAUCCUCAUCCUUCAAAAUGUGAUCAUCCUCAUCCUUCAAAAUAUUACAGAAAUGACUAUUCAGAAGAAUUUUGUAUGUCAAAUUCAUGCUGCUGCGUGAAUAUGCCAUUGUGUAGAAACAAUAUACAUUGUCAAAAUUGUGCAUCCAGAUUGGAAAAGUGUAAUGAUGUCCUAAUUCAUUCAAUCCAUAAUGUUCCUUAUAUAAGUAUUCCUGUACAUAAAGUAAGCAAAGAAAACCUGAAAAAAAUUUUCUCUUUAGUUUCUGGAACUGUGGGUGUCGGAGAUGAAGAUGAAAUGAGUAUUGAUUUGAAAUAAAUUACUUAUUCUGUUUCCUUAAGCUACUGUUUAAUGCUUUAUUUUUUAUUACUUAUUGCAGUAUAUUUUAUGGCAGAUUAAUUAAACGAAUUCUGAGAAACGGAAUCUGAAAAAAAGGAAAAGUAUUUUUAUAAAAAAAGAAAAAAAAGAAAGACUGUGAUAAUGCAAACUUUCAGAUACUUGAAGAUAUAUAAAAUUUAAAAUAUUAAAUAUAUUUUGUUAAAUUAAUAAAAAGUGGUUAAUAUACUAUAUAUAUAUCUUAGCUACUUCAAAUAUGGAACUAAUUUGGCAUAUGUUGUUGUAAGUGUACUUAAAAUCGUUUUUUCAGAUUUUUCUUGAUCUUCUGUAUAUUCCUAGUUAGCAAUCUUUGUCUUAAAACCAUUAGAAAUCACCUAUUACUGUAUCUCAGAGGUUAACCUUCCUUUAUAAUAGAAAAAAUACAUUGGUACAAUUUGGAUAAGAAAGUAUAUUUCUGAACUUUAAAAAAAAAAAAAAUUAAACUGACUAGAGGAUGACCAGUGCAUAUAGCUAAUCCUUUCAGUAUCUUGUACUUUGUGUUAAUGAAACUAUCUUGGCAGAAUCUGGUGAUCCUUUUUAGAUGAAAAUGUAAAAAUUACUUCUCUGGUACAAGUUGGCCAUUAUCACAACUUAAAAAAAAAAAAAAAAGAUUCUCCAAAUUAUUGAUAUUUAUUGUAAGUGGGAACAUAUUAUUGACAUGUCAGAAGAAAAAAAAAUAGUCGUUUAAAAUAAUUUUAAUUAUUAAGUAAGGAUUAUAUGAUAAAUUUAAAAAAUAAAACAUUUUUCACCAAUUCCUCAUAUAUUUUUUCCAUUGUUCAUCUUCUUAUGUACACAAUUAUUAGUUUUGGCAGAUGGCAAAAUGGCAGUGUCUUGAUUGCAAAAUUGUUGUGAGCAUAAUUGUUUUACCAAGAAUGGUUAUGUGCAGGUGUUCGGCAUAAAUUUGACAGUUUCGUAAGGAAAAAGAAAAUCCACUUUGUAUCUAUUAAAUUUAAUGAAUUGACAAAAAAAAAAAAAAAAAAAAGC